GAGAGAGAGAGAGAGAGAGAGAGAGAGAGAGAGAAAAUAAUGAUUUAAUGCUCUCCUGUUAUUAGCACUGUGAAAGAAACUAAAACGGAAAAAAGGGAAACGGAGUGAAAGAAACAAAAAUAGAUACUGAAGAUGGAAAAUAAAGAAUGAAUAAAUAAGUAAACAAAGAAAAUAAAAUAAAAGAAAGACACCUGCUUCCGACUGCUCCUGAAGGCGAGACCAACACUAUCAAGUCUUUGCCGUCCCGCGUCGCUCGCAGCCCGCGGGUCGUAGUGGCAACGACUCAGCAGCGACGACGACCACAGGCCCCGGACGACUAAGCGGCUCUCCCACGAUGAGAGGAUUAGGGUCGUUCCUGCCACUUUACGUGGUGGCGGCCGUGGUCGUGCUUGGACCCGCCACGACCCGCUCUGUGCCAGCACCACCUCCACCGCACCUUCCCCGACGAGAGGCAAGCGGACUACGUGGCCAGCCUCGGCGGGCACGAGGUGGUGACGCCCGUGCGGGUGGACAGCGGCGGCCGGUUCCUGGGCCACCACCUCGACAGCGCUCACGACCCGCCCUCAGCUCACGCCCGCAGCAAGAGAGCCGCCCACAUUCGCUCAGAUCACGAAGAGGUUCACUAUCUCAUUGCUCUCGACGGAGAGGAGCAUCAGGUGACCCUCCGCCCCAACGGCCACUUCCUGGCGCCCCACGCCGUGGUGGAGCGAAGAAUGGGGCGCGGGCCGACCUCUUUCCCAGGAGACGCGCGGGAGGCCCCAGAGGGCGACCAGGGCUUCUUCGCCUCCUCCCUCAGGGUCAUCGGGCACGAGCCUUCCUGCCACUACCACGGCUUCGUCAGGAACCACUCCGACUCCAGGGUCGCGAUCUCCGCCUGCAAGGGCCUGACUGGCUACCUACGUACAGACAAGGGCGAAUAUCUCAUAGAACCUGUACGUAAUCACGCCCGCAACGCCCACGAUCCCCAUCCUCACGUCGUGUACAAGCGGUCCGCCCUGCCCACUCAGGCCCAUGGACAACACUCCUGUGCCACGAAGGAAAGCUACCAGCAGCUACUUCACGAAACAGAGAUAUGGAGGAUGAGGAGGAGGAGCGUGAGCGUAGAGAGGAACGUGGAGGUGACUAUAGUGGCGGACAAGAAAAUGGUUGAUUACUAUUCAAAUGAAGACAUCAAUACAUAUAUACUCACCGUUAUGAAUAUGGUGUCCAGUGUAUACCGCGACGCCAGUCUUGGCAAUGCUGUCAACAUGUACGUCGUCCGCAUUAUGUUGCUCGAGGACCCGCAGUAUGAGGAGGAGCUGGACAUCAGCCACAACGCCGACGACACCCUCAGGAGCUUCUGUCAGUGGCAGCAGAUGAUCAACCCAGGAAAUGAGACGCAUCCUUACCAUCACGACGUGGCUGUGCUCAUCACGAGGUACAACAUCUGCAGCCGCAUGACCGAGAGGUGCUCCACGCUGGGAGUCGCUGAGAUUGCAGGCAUGUGUCAGCCUCUGCGCUCUUGCAACGUGAACGAGGACACAGGGUUGCAGAUUGCAUACACAAUCGCUCAUGAACUUGGCCACAACUUCGGCAUGAACCACGACGGGCCGCAGAACGGGUGCCAGGCGCAGUACGGAGUGAGCCAGCACGUCAUGUCGCCCCACCUGACCAGCGAGCCUCUGCCGGUCACGUGGUCUAACUGCAGCCGGAAGGAGAUCACGCACUUCCUUGACCGCGACUGGGGCGCUUGCUUGGAGGACGAGCCCCCCCAGGUGGAGUACAGCUUCCCCGAGCUCCCCCCUGGUGCCAUGUACGACGCCGACCACCAAUGCCGUCUGAGCUUCGGCGCCGGUGCCACCCACUGCGAAGGCAUUGAGGGCACCGAGAGGAUCUGCCAGACGCUGUGGUGCCACCUGGACAACCGCUGCAUCACGCGCAUGGAGCCGGCGGCCGAGGGGACCCACUGCGGGAAGCACAAGUGGUGCGUGAUGGGGCGCUGCGUGACCAUGGGCGAGCGCCCUGCGGCCAUCAACGGCGAGUGGGGGUCGUGGUCCAGCUGGUCGCAAUGCACGCGGUCCUGCGGCGCCGGCACGCAGAUGGCGGAGCGGCACUGCGACAAACCCGCGCCCGCCAACGGAGGCCGUUACUGCACGGGCGACCGCAAGCGCUACCGCAUCUGCAACACUGAGGACUGUCCCGAAAACGGCGUGAGUUUCCGAGCACAACAGUGUUCCAAGUUCAACGCCGUGCCGUACAAGGGCGCCAACCAUACCUGGCAGCCAGUCAUGCAGCAGCAUGUACUGCAUGAGAGUUGUGGCAUUUAUAGACGUGGGAAAAAUAUAUUUAUCCGUCGCGUGGCGUGCGACUGGGCCAUCGAGGGGUCGGCGCAGAUGGACCGCUGCGGCCUGUGUCACGGCGACGGAACGCAGUGCAUCACGUACCGGGGCCUCUUCAACGACACGCGGGGCGUUGGGUACGUGCACGCGACCACGUUCCCCGAGCACGCCAGGAACGUGAAGAUAAGGGACGUGGACGAUGCGGCCAACUACCUCGCCCUCAGGAACAACCUCACGGGAGAGUACUUCCUCAACGGGAACUGGAUGAUUAAAUGGUCCGGAGAGUACUACUACGGAGGGACGAUGGUCUACUACAACCGAGAAGGAGAAACGGAAGAACUGUUUCUGCCGGGACCACUCAAGAUCCCCUUCACGCUCCUGCUGUUGUUCCAGACAGAGAACCCGGGCGUGGAGUGGGAAUACACGUUGCCGAGGGAAAACGCAACCUAUAUUCCAUCCUUCGCCUGGAAGCACUCUGACUGGUCCGUGUGUACAGUCACCUGCGGAGGCGGCAAACAGCUGUCGCGCGUGCAGUGCAUGGAGAAGGAGGCGGGCCUGGUGGAGGACCGCUACUGCCAGGACCAGCCGCGCCCCGACGACCGGUCCCGGAAGUGCAACAUCCACGCGUGCCCUGCCUGGUGGUGGUCGGGCCGCUGGCAGCCUUGUAGCAUCACCUGCGGCAGCGACCGAGGCACGCGCAGGAGGACCGUCAUAUGCGUCAGGUCCUUCGGUCCGACGGAGCAAAUGGCGCUGCUGGACUCUGACUGCGACUUAGGCGACAAGCCUCACGAGACUGAAGUUUGCCCUGAACUGCCGCCCUGCCCCAAGAUGGUGGACUGGAGCGUCGGCCCCUGGAGCCAGUCCUGCUCGCUCGACCCGUGCGAGUAUGAGCAGCGAGAGGUUGCAUGCGUGGCGCCGGAAGGAAAAUGCGAUCCCUUCACUCGACCAGCAGAACGCCGACAGUGCGGCAACAUCACCUGCGGCCACUGGGACGUCGGACACUGGUCCAAGUGCUCGGCGGAGUGCGGCGAGGGCGUCCAGUUCCGGCGGGUGACCUGCGUGGAGGGCCUGGCGUGCCGCGAGAAGGACGAGCCAAAGAGCCUCAGGGAGUGCGAGGGCGACUGCCUGGAGCCGGAGGAGGAGACUCUGCCUGAGUACGAAUACGAAGGCACGAAGCUCGAGGACGAUCUGACCGGGGAGACGCUGCCGGAGUACGAAACGGGCGAUAGCUGGAAGGGGACGACGCUGCCGGAAUAUACUCUUCCCGAAUAUACUGAACUAGAACCGGUAACUCUGCCAGAGUAUGAGGAUAAAGAAAAUAAGGGAGAUGAAGGGAUGGAGAAAACAAAGGAGAAGGAGAUAAUUAAAGGAGAAGGGGAGGAAAGUGUGAAGGAAGAAAACGAGGCUAGGGAAAAAGAGGGUGUAGAACGAGAGGCAAAUGAAGGAAAUCACGAUAAAGAAAAAAACGAGGAAAAGAGUAAGAACCAAGGGAAGGAGGAGGAAACUUUAGAGGGAAGUGAAGAUGAAGAGGGUAAAGAAGAACAAGAAAAGGAGGAAGAGACAUUCCCGGAGUAUGAGGAUGAGAUGACCCUGAUGGAGUAUGAGGAGGAUCUGACGCCCGAGACCCUGCCUGAAUAUAGCCAGGACAUACCCACGGACGCCCCUGCCCCUGUUCCAUCUACGUCGACCACUGCGGCCACAGUUCCUGCCGAAACGACGGCCACUGCCACGACUGUUGUUCCGUCCUCGACUUCCACCGCUUUACCGUCCGCCGCCACCACUACCCCCGAGACCACUGAAGCUCUUCCGGAUGAACCUACAGCUUCAGUCCAAACAACAGAGAGCACGAUACCAACGACUUUGGCCUCCACUAGCGCUCCUGAAGCCGCUUUGGGCUCUACUUUGGCACCAUCCGUCCAUCCGGUAACGACGAUGGAAACUGCAACAGCAACGACUGUGAAUGACCCAUCUACGUCUACUUUUGGCGAUGAAAUUAGUAUACUAACCACACCUGCGUCUCAUCCAACUACGAACAACCCUGACUCAGAUGAAGAGAAACACACUGAAGACGAUACAACCAACAAAGACGCCGAUGAGAGUUCCACGGACGGACCUACACUCUCUAAAGAUACAUUGACAACGCCAGAACCUAAAGAAAUCUUCGAAGAAAGUGUUAUGGAGGGACAUCCAUCGCAAGAACCUUCUAUAAACGAAGUCGACACUGAAUCCAAACUGCCCUCGAGUGAGACUGAGGACGACUCGUCGAAAGCCCAACAGAAGCCAUCUUCUCUACCACCCAAAGAAGAACUAGACAUCGUAGUCGAGAGUCCGGAAAAGACAAUUUUGAAGAAGACCAAGAAGCUCGACGGAGCCCCCGUCCCUUCAGGAGAAAAAGAGGACGCCGAGGCUGAAGCUACAGAACUAGAGGACACGACGGAUCUGGAAGCACCAACCGUGGGAGAAGAAGCAAUAGUGGCUGAGGAGCCAUCAUUGAUUGAAGAACCAACAGGUCUUGAAACGUCGACGUGGAUCGAAGGACCAACAUUGCUUGAUUCUGAAACAGAGGUAGAGGAGGAGGAAGAGGUAGAAGAGGAGGAAACUAUCGAGAACGAAAAAGACGACGGAGAGGAAGAGGCCGUAAAACACGCAUCAGAUGACGAAGAGGAAGACGAAAUGAUAUCAGAAAAAGAAGACAGCGAUGUCGACAACGGGGACGAAGAGAAAAGACCGGAAGGCAUUGCUGUGGACAAGAUCGAUCCCAGUGACUUCGAAGUGAUCGAAAUCGUGGAAGUGCAAACCAAAGGGAAGAAGAAGAAGGACAAGAAGAAAGUGCUCAUUCACACCGGCGAGGAAGCGGUGGACGUCCUCCACAAGCUGGCCGAGGAGCAGAUGUCCAAGCACGCAGCCGCUACAACGACGACGCCCAGACCCCCGUCCUACGAGUGGCACGCUGGCGAGUGGUCCGAGUGUAGCGUGGAGUGUGGAGGAGGCGUGAGUACCCGAACUGUGGAGUGCCGAGACCAGGUCACCGCAACUCUUGCGGAUCCACGUUUGUGUGACCUGUUUCCGCCCAUCGACUUGAAGUCUUGCAACACCCUGGAGUGCGCGGACUGGGAGGUCGGGGCGUGGGGCGAGUGCGAGGGCGAGUGUGACCUUGGAGAGAAGCAGAGGGCCGUGUCGUGCCCUCCUGGACGUCGCUGCUCCCCCGACGCGCGCCCGCCCGAGGCCGAGCCCUGUGAGCUCCGCCCCUGCGUCGCGUGGGUGGAGGGGCCCUGGAGCCUGUGCACCAAGUCGUGUGGAGGAGGCUAUCAGAUCCGCCACGUGAAGUGCGUAGACGUGCGGACACAGGAAAAGAUGCGGACGUGCAAUCGUGACUCCAAACCGAAGCAUAAAUUGGCGUGCAACAAGCACCGGUGCCCGAAGAACAGACGAGGUCAGCAGAAAAGGUGUCGUGACCGCUUGGACACCAAACUCUGCAAGCGACUCAAGCGGAUGUGUACCACCAAGUUCUUUGCGAUCAAAUGUUGUAGGACUUGUUUGGGAAGCCACUGAUGACGUCACGCUGUUGGUGAUGACAUUGCGCGAACGGAUUGAUGGCGUUCGUAGAUUCACCGGAUGUAGUCAGAUUCGAGGCAAUAUAUAUAUAUAUAUAUAUAUAUAUAUAUAUAUAUAUAUAUAUAUGUAUGCAUGUAUGUAUGUAUGUAUGCAUGUAUGUAUGUAUACACACAUACACAAAGACAUUGGUUUUUUUCUGCCCAGAAGAAAACGGAAAAAUCUAAAACCAAACGCAAAUGUUCUCAGCCUACGAGAGACAUACGCAACAACAAGAUAUAUUUUGAUAAAAUCUGCAGAACUGAGACAUCGUCAGCGAGCGCAUGCACCAUCCAAGGAAGCGAAGUCAUUAUGCAAACGUCGUAUUGUUUAGGCUGCAUAAAUCGCACGUCAAGAUACGCACAGUCCUCAAAGCGGACGAGGGAAAACAAUGUCCACUGAACAAUUGUAAACAUAAGUGUAAGGUGUUUCUUUUUAUGAAUAAGUUGGAACACGUGAGUCUCGGAGUCUUGGCGUGAUUAUCGUUCAUCAUGCAAUCCCGUGAACCCGAGGCUAUAUAUACAGCCCUCAAGUGACGUCGCCGCAGGGUGGUCUGAGUCACAAGGAAGGUUAUGUCACGUUUCCACUAAGUUUUUUGAGACGUCGGCCCUUAGCAGAUGAUGUUGCAGGGGUUGUCGAUGAUCGUAAUUGUACAGAAAAAUUCCCUCACUUUUCCAGCGAUUCAACACAGGUCGUGGAGUUUGGCCUCAGUGCGUUUUCAUAGUUUUUGAGACCGCAAACGCGAAGAAUGAAGCUGUUCAGAUUUCUUAAAAACAGUUUUCCUUUCCUUCAUGUUUCUUACGUGAGAAUUUCACUUGCCUCUAGAUCUCAGUUUUAUGUAACAUACGCUAAAAGAAGAAUCCCCUUGAAAUGAAUAAAACUGCGAUACACUGUUUUUUGUACAAAAUACCUUUUUAGCUAUAGUUAAUGAAUACUUUCCUACAUUUUUAUCUUUUUUGUUAUUGUCGAUUUAAAAAAAAAAAAAGAAAUACGGAGGGAAAAACUCAAGGCAUAGGAAAAACAUCCAAGGCUAGAAGGAAUUAAAGUCUCAGAUAUGCCUUACAUCAAGUCGGAUUUUGUCUCCUUUAAAUCAACGACCCUUGACACAAAUCCCCAGCCCAGAAUUGUAUAAAAAAAAAAAAGGAAAAACGAAAGAUUAAAGUGUAGUAUUUCCCUCCACGAAUCUAUUAACGCAAGCAAGAAACAGAAGAACCCAGUAACGAAGGAGAAGGCUUUUCUCAUGUUAACACAACACACGCACACUCGUCCUGAAACUGGUCUUGAAUUUCCCUCGUUUGAAAAUCUUGCCUUAUCUUUACCCUUAGCAACUUAUGUGCUAGACAUUUACCUGAUGAAUUAGUACAAUGGAGGCACAAGUGGGUGGAAAAAAUGUGUUCAGUUUAAUGUUGUUAUUCAUAUUAUUGUUGUUGUUAUUAUUAUUAUCAUUAUUAUUAUUAUUGUUAUUAUUAUUAUUAUCAUUAUUAUUAUUAUUAUUAUUAUCAUUAUCAUUAUUAUCAUUAUUACUAUUACUAUUAUUCUUUUUAUUAUUAUCAUCAUUAUUAUUAUCAUCAGAAAACAGUUGCUGAAUAUCCUUACCAGUUGGGAGCAAUAUAUGUAAACGAAAGCAAAGAAAGAAUAAAGUCGCUUCUUGAAAAUAUUCACAAAUAAAGUAAAUAAAGAAACGAGUAAAAAGAAAACAGCAACAGAAACAACAACAACAACAAGAACAACAAAAGCAGCAACAAUGAAGACUGGAUGAAGCACCAGCAAGCUCAGUGGUAUACAAUCGACAAUUUUUGACAGUAAGGUAGAAAAUAAUAACGUUCGCGGAUGCAGACGGAUUCAUGUGGAUUCAUUCGUGGCUGUUACGUGGAGUAAGGAAUAACUUCACAUACAGUGAACUUAAAAAUGAAUAGAUUAUUAUUACUUUUAUUUCAUCUAGCCGAGAAAAGAACAAAAGGAAAUGAGCGAAUUAUUAUAUAACCAUUAACACAAAUUUUGAAAGAAACAAACAACAAAAAAGAAAAGGGAAAAGCAGGGCAAAGAAAGAAAGAAAAAAAGUAUACAGCAACAACAACAACAAUAAGAAAAUAAAAUCAACGAGAACACGGAAAAAAUUCAAACAAGUGAAGAGACAAAAAAGCUUUUAUUUCAUUUCAAUAUCAAUUUACUUAUCGUUUGCCUUGUAGCAGUAUUACUGUUCACUGCCAUUUAUGUCACUGUUGCCUGACGUCAUCAUGACUUCUUAUAAUAUUCAACUGUUAUUUUCUAACGUGUUUAAACGGAUAUUUCUAUUAUUUCCACCGUGUGUUUUCUGUAGACUGUAACAAAGCGAUACCAUAUCGGAUUUGGGAAUCGCAAAGAUUUCAGCAUUACUUACUUUUGUGAGACGAAAAAGGUGUUCAAAGUGUUAUAGAUAACCUAAUAAAAAGAUAAUUGAAGUG